AAUCGCGACACGCAGUUUUCUUUAACUAAACUCUAAUAUAUUGAACACGUGUAUUUUGUGUGUUAGUGUGGUGUGUGUGGAUUGUGUGUGGUGUUAAAAAAACCUCUGCGUUCUUACUGAGUCGCUAGGGAAAGAACCCUGGCGCCAGCUUCGGUGGGCUUUUAUUCAGCGGCACUCAUCUCGCUCAGCCGAAUAUCCUCGCUGAGCCGAAGCUCACUCAGCCGAAAUCGCUAUCUAGCGUCAUCUAGCGGGAACGCGACGUGGCAGCGAAAGUUCAAUUGAACCGUUUACAUAACAGGAACUAUUUUCAAGGAUCUUGCGAAUGGAAACUGUGUCUAAAAAACCUCCCACCAUCGCCUUGAGUUUAAUCUUAGCCAAGCAAGAGUAGAACAAUACGAAAUGGUAUUCCAGAUUAGUGAGUUUAAAUAAUACUAAUGCGUACAGUCAUGUUCGACUCCAAGUUUAAAAGUGGUAACUUCGAAUAUCACGACAUUGUCCAUAUCCUCUCUGGAAUGUGUCGCAAGAUCUAGACUUCUAUGAGCCUUUAGGGUGUUUCACGCAGAAUCCCUGCUUUACCAUCAUUGUUCGAUAUUCGCUACGAUACGCCUUUCCCGUAGGUAGUACGCGUAGUUCUUCUUUUUGUUGAGUGGGGCACAACUCUCCAUGAAACUGAGAAGCUCCCAACUCCUCAGCCAUAUUCAAGGGCCCAACCACUCCUCUAGCCAUAUGCCUCUCUCCUACCUUCUUAUUCCUCUUUAAAUAUGUAUGUCCAUCUCCUACAUGAAGAUUACUACUUGUCUUAUGAUGGUUUCUUCGCUUUUCUUCCAUUCUUCACUCAAUACAUCUUCCGAAAUCAUUUCAUAUUUAAGCGUCUAGUCCAAAAAUCUUUCACAGUGGAAUCUUAAGGUUUACAGUACUCCACAUUUAUCACACAUCCCUUUCUCCACUAUUUGCCUCUUUCGCAGCUAUUAUUAUGCCUACACGUCAUUGUUCUUCUUGAAAGUUUGUUUGAGGUUGAUCAAAUUUUCCUUCUCUCGUUUCCACUUAUCCAUCUCGACCUAGUUCUAGCACGUCAUAGUUAUGCAUUUGAGCUGUAAGCUAAACUUAUAAAAACAUAUUUUUAUAUGUAUAUUUUUUUUAUUUGUCUAAGAAGUCAAGGAAACAUAUUCAAUUGAGUGCGUGCUAUAUUUGGUGUUUCUUUUAAUUUAAAUAAUAUAUGGGAUUGGCAUUUUUUAUCGUCAUUGCGAUAAUGGUGGAAAGCUUAAAAUAACUCCUAUAAAUAUAGUUACUCCGAAGAAUUUGUUGAAUUUAUUUUUUGAAUUAUAAAAAACCCCUUUAACCACGAAGAAAACGUUUCGUUUAUUUAGGCUAAUGGUUUUACGCCUUUGUACACUGUUUCGUUGAAUGUAUGAUAACAACUGGCAUGGAAAUUGGCAAGACCCGAAGUUUUUAUUGUCAAAUUACAAGACCAAACCCAUGGAAAGGAGUAAAGCCAGUAACAAAUGCAUUUCUACAUUUGCUGAUCGCACAAGCGAGAUUAGCGGGUAUGCAUUGUACUGGUUCGUUUUAAUUUUGGUACAAUUUUUGACCCUUUUUUAUUGUUUUGGAUGUUUGGAUUCCAGUAACAAAUUUCGUAUAUAAGUCGCCGCUCGAAGGUGGAACAUACAUCAGCAAACGGUUCAGCUUGCGUAGAGGAUUAACCUACAACAAAGCAAUGAAACCGUUGAAGUACCUCAUAAUCGUGGCGAUGGCUCUUUGCGUCGUACAACUUAGUGUCGGGUUUAAGCUCUCUGACUACACCAAGCCGAGCAAGGAAGUUGGAAAACGUCUGCGAGCGAGGAGGUUGCUAGGAUAUCCCCAUGAGUACGGGUUUGGCUACUACUAUCAAGGAGAUAUCCUUCUGAGACCGGGCGAAAAAAAUCGCAUUGCCAUUAUCCAACCAUUGAACUACGAUGUAUGGCCCAAUGCUACAGUGCCUUAUGAGAUCGAAGCCAACUUCAGUGCUGGAGAAACAGAAACUCUUCUGGCGGCAUUUGCACAGUAUGCGAAUAGGACUUGCAUUCGGUUUGUAGAGCGCACAGAUGAGUUGCAGUAUGUGACGAUCACGAAUAAUGGAGAAGGAUGCUAUUCUAAUGUUGGCCGAAACCCCGAUCCGACAGAUAACAUGCUCAAUCUGCAGACACCCGAUUGUAUGGAAAGCGUCGGUACACCGGUGCACGAACUGAUGCACACACUCGGAUUCCUGCACGAGCAGGCCCGUCCUGAUCGCGAUCUUUACGUUGAUUUCUUUCCCCAAAACUUGGAGCUGAAAUAUCAAACUCCCGGUUUUAUAAGUACUAACUUCGGAAUAUAUAACGAACCUAGUUCUAACUACGGCCAGCAGUACAAUUAUGGCAGCGUGAUGCACUAUUCACGCUAUGCCGGUGCUGCUUCAAUGAACGCUCCCGUCCUGACAAAUAAACAGGCUUGGUUCGGUGACUUUGGCAAUGAAAAUGGACUGUCCGAUGGUGAUGUGGCACAGCUCAUGGCCCGCUAUUGCCCGGAUAAUGAUUACAUAUGAGAAAUAACUGAUUUAUACGACAUGAAAUAAACUGAUCUGUACGAUUGCAAUUCAUUCAAACAUUUUGACUGUAUUUAUUGGAAAUCAUGCUAUUUCGUGGCCAACUGUGUACUUCACAAAGGGCACAUUAGUGUCCGGUCUCUGCUGUGAAUCCUUCCCUAGAAAUCCAAAUCAAAAGGCUGACCUCACGUACCAAAUCGUGUCACUACCGGUUUCUGCUAAAGCAACUGCAGCUUUAAAAUGUUCAGCAAGUUCCUUUAGAACCUUACGACAUUUUUUGAUACAAUCGCCAACCCAUUUGGAGAGGAGCAUUACAAUUUGAUCAGGAACUCCAAUUCGUUCUAGAAUCGAUAAAGGCUUAAGGUAAGGUAAGACAAAGGAAAGUCCGUAAGAUCAGAGCGCAAAAUAAAGCUGGUGAAAGACCUCUGUACUUGUUUGAUGCGAUAGACGUGGACCAUUGCUGUGGCGUACCAUAUUGCUGAACAAUACUUUGACCUGAUGAACGAGCAGAAGAGCACUUUGAUACCAGGCCCAGAUGGAAUACCAUCCUGUGUCCUAAAGAAAUGUAGUGCCUUUUUUCCAUCUAUUUGGAAAACUUCCUGGAUAUGUCCUAUCUUUAAAAAGGGAGAUCGUUCAGUCGCGUCCAAUUUUCGUGGUGUCGCAAUCCUUUGUGUUAUGUCUAAACUCUGUGAAUCCAUCGUCCAAUCGUAUAUCCUUCCUAUAGUGACUAAGUACAUUUCUCCCCACCAGCAUGGUUUUAUGCCUAAACGUUCUACUUCGACAAAUCAUAUGUGUUUUGUGUCUUUUGUGAUGUCCAACAUCGUCCGCAAAAGUCAAGUAGACGUAAUUUAUACCGACUUUAAAGCAGCCUUCGAUAGUUUGCCCCAUGUUUUACUCUUAGCAAAACUCGCGAAACUUGGAUUUGGUAGUCCAAUUCUAUCUUGGUUGGGAUCCUUUCUCUCGAAUAGAUCCUAUACAGUUAGAUUGGACAACUCCUUUUCUUCGUCAUUUGUGGGCUUGUCUGGUGUCCCUCAGGGAAGUGCACUUAGUCCUAUCCUUUUCUCCCUUUUUAUCAAUGACUGCAUCGAUGUUCUCCCAAUUGAUGGACAUCUCCUUUAUGCUGACGAUAUUAAAAUCUUUCUUCCCGUGUCCUCGUCCUCCGAUUGUCGAUCUCUCCAGAGUUUUGUAAACAAUUUCUCUCUGUGGUGUUUGUAUAAUGGGCUGGUGCUCUGUCCACCUAAAUGUUGCGUCAUCUCUUUCGGGAGACCUGCUGCUGCCCGGCUGUCUAGGGACUAUUACCUAUGUGGUACCCAAAUAAGCAGGGAAUCCACUGUGAAAGAUCUUGGGGUCUGGUUGGAUGAGGGUCUCUCGUUCGCUACUCACAUCAACCAUGUGAUCAAUAAAGCGAACAGAGCAUUAGGCCUCAUUAUGCGCAUGUCUUCGGAAAUUCGCGAUCCUCUUUGUCUUAAGGCACUGUACUGUUGCUGGGUUCGGUCCGUUCUUGAUUAUGCCAGCGUCGUGUGGACUCCAGCUGGAGGUACUGCUAUGCAGAGACUAGAGAGAGUUCAGAGGAAUUUUACGCGCUUCGCAGUACGUAGAUUUUUUCACGGUUACUCUGUUCCUGUACCCUCUUAUUCUCUCCGCUGCCGUUUGCUGGGUUUAAUAGAAAUUGAAACCCGUCAUUGGCAAGCGCAGUCCUACUUCAUUGCCUGCAUCCUUUCCGGCGAUUUCGAUGUUCCUUCCCUUUUAUCUUCCCUACCACUGUAUGUUCCCUCUCGCAGACUUCGCGACAGGCCUCCCAUCUUUCUUCCAACCCGCCGUUCGGUUUUUGGCCAGAAUGAUCCCUGCUUAAGAGCAUGCGCUGCUUUUAACAGAGACCAUCACCUGUUCGAUUUCAACGUUCCCAUUUCCCAUUUUCGCAUUCGCCUCCUUAAUAAUUCCGCUUUCUCCUUAUAACCAAUCUUGCUUCCUCUUACAACAUCUUCCAUAUCCCGUUCUUCCUACUCCCCUAGAUUUUAAGAACCAUUGUUAAACCCAUGCGACA